AUGGCUUUCGAAUCUGUGCGCUUCUUUGCUAUGCGUUACCUAUAUCUCGUGACACCGACAGAGAAACGUCCUGAGUCUUGUCAGUUGCUUGGUGAAUACAUGGAGGCGCUGCAGCAAAACUUCAAAGCUGCUUUUGCAUUGUUCAAGCAAAAUUGCGAAGAAAGAAAGUAUCCGCAAAGCUGCUUCAAAUAUGGCAUGUAUCUUCUGGCUGGCAGAGAAUGUACGCCUGACUUGACAAAAAUGAUUGAGCCAAUGCAGAUCGCUUGUGAUGGGAACAUAAAGCAAGGUUGCAGGUAUCUGUCGUUGGUUCAUUGGAAUGGUGAAAAACAUCGACCUGCUGAUUCCAAGAAGGCUGAACAAUAUAUGAAGAGAGCUUGUGAAUUAGAGGAUGGCGAAGCUUGUUGGUUGCUCAGCACA